AUUCCUGAUAAUACAUACUCCGACUGUUGUAGAAUGAGCUAGAUCGUUUGGAGAUGCCAGCAGCAAUUCGACGACGUAUUCAAUCAGCCAUGCCAAUACUAGCACCAUCUCUUCCUUUGUCGAUUCCUUGCCAUCUUCCAAUUUUGUCUCCAGCUGCAGUCACAUCCCUUAGUCCCAGCACGCCAAAUUCUGGUCUUUACCAAAGAGGCAUUCUAGCUCGCAUAUCUAAUAAUUUCUCUAGCAGAAACAAGAAUUCAGCCUUGCAAGAAAUGGAAAUGGAUAUUGAUCCCUGGACCUUACUUGAAGAUGGCACAAGUUGUGCUUCAGUCUUGAUUGGUAGCAGCAAUACUUACACAGGUAAUGCUAGUGGAGAUCAUAGCAAUCUCAAGGCCUGCAGCUGGCUCAAAGGUUCUGUAAGGGUACAGAGAACAGACCUUACUUAUAUCGGGGCCCUUGAUGAGGAUAUUCAGCUGAGCUGACCAUGAAUAGGCCACUUUUCAUUUGAUUUGACUGAAAAAAUAGGGUGGUGGUAUAAUUAAGGAUUUGUGGUUUAGAUACAGUGAUUGUGGGGACAACAUUUUACAUUUAAAACAUCCACCCAGAUAGAUUAGCUUCCACCCUGAUUUUGCUGCUUAAGCUUGACUUGUACAUAAGUGUUCAAGUAAAAUGCCCGCCUCCGGAAUGGAACCCCAAUCCAUUUGAAUCAUUCAUUCCGUUGCCAUUCUGUUUUGUAAUGUGACAUUGUGACGUUGUAACAUUAGAAAACAAGAUUUGGGAAUUAUCA